AUGGACUCAACUGCGCCAGCUAACAUCGCGGCCAUCAAUGGGGGAGGCGGAGUGCUGGACCCGCACACCACGCUGGACCGAGACGGUAGCAGCAGCACAGGGCGGCAAGCAGCCCUGCAGCUCGCCUCCUCAUCGCCGCCCGUAACUCCUAAGCCAAAGAAGAAGAUGACGCUCAGCGAGAUCUACCAGUGGAUCUGCGACAACUUCCCUUACUACAGAGAGGCCGGCAGUGGCUGGAAGAACUCCAUACGGCACAAUCUCUCCUUGAACAAGUGUUUCCUCAAAGUGCCUCGCUCCAAAGAUGACCCAGGAAAGGGUUCCUACUGGGCCAUAGACACAAACCCAAAAGAGGACGCCCUCCCCACAAGACCCAAGAAGAGGCCACGCUCUGGAGAGAGGGCCUCUACUCUGUACAGUCUGGAACAGGAGUCGUUGGGAAUGGACUGCAUCAUCCCUGGAAGUGCCUCUCCAACGCUGGCAAUCAACACUGUGACUAACAAGCUGCUUAAUCCUGACGGGGAUUUCCAGGAUAGCCCCAGGAGCAGCCUCAACAACAGCCUGUCUGACCAGAGCCUGGCCUCAGUCAACCUCAACAGCUAUACACCGGUGUCCACCCAUGCGGAGGCUGUGUCGCAGGUGUCCCAGCCGUUGCCUCUGCAGCAGGCGCCCCAGCCCCAGUACAGCAUCCCAGAGAGAGACAAGCAGCUGCUCUUCUCCGACUUCGAAGAUCUCAGUGCCUCCUUCCGUAGCCUGUACAAGUCUGUGUUUGAGCAGUCCUUCAGUCAGCAGGGUUUGAUGGGCAUGCCCUCGGAUUCGUCCACACAGCAGACACACACUUCGUGUUCCUACCAGCACUCCCCAAGCAGCAGCACACACUCCCACACACACACUCACGCCCACACACACUCACACACACACAGCGGCCAGAACAACACCACCAACUCCCACCCCAACUCCAUCCCCACCAGCGGAAGCCAAAUGCCCCUGUCCCACUCUCCCCAUCCUGCCCAUGGGUCCCCUCACACACACACACACCCGCAGCACCUGCCCCCCCACGCCCAGCACGGCGGGCACGCCACACACACACAGCACACACAGCACAGCCAGCACACACACACCCCGCACACACACGCACACACACACGCACACACUGCACUCUCGGCCCAACAUGGGCAGCAGCACCAGCAGCAGCUGGUCCAUCAGAGCCACGCCACGCAGCAGCAGAUGCCCUGCAGCAACGCUGGACUCCUCAGUGACUGGUACCCCAGUCUGGAUGCUCUGAAGGAGAGCUGUCGCAUCGCCAGCAGCUACAACUGGGCCGAUGUGGACCUGUCACCCUUCCAAGGUCUGAAGGAGAGCAUGCGCCAAGCGGAGCUGAAUAACUGGUCUCUGGAGCCGACCCAGAUUGCUGACCUCUGCUCCUCCAUCAACCAGUUCUUCACCCGCACCGGCGUCAUCCCACCACAGGGGGCAGUGCCGCCAGCAGUCUGCCACGGAGCCAUGCACCCCAACAAACCCAGCCAGCACAUCAACACAGGAAACAUGUACAUGGACAGCAGACAGACCAUGUCCUCCAUGAUGGGGCCUCCCGGCUAUCCCCACAUGCCCCCCAUGAGCAGCGCGGGGCCCACCAUGACCCCCCACGGCCAUCAUCCCCAGAUGAAUCAGCAGCACAUGAUGCCUCCUGGAAACUUCCAGAUGCGGCAGAUGCCAGCCGACGACAUCCAGGACGACUUUGACUGGGAUUCCAUCGUCUAAACUCUCCUCUUACUCUCACACACACACACACACACACACACACACACACACACACACACACACACACACACAGCCCAGCGGAGCAGCCCAGGAGAGAUGACUGAUCUGCUGCCAGAGUGGGAAGACAACACAGGAUGGACAGACAGAAUGAUAGAUGGAUAGAUGGAUGAACUGAAGGGCUGGUUGGGACUUCUCCCCCCAAGAAAGAAAGAAAAAAGAAAAGGUGAAAUGCACCAACGGAGAGAAAGAACAGGAACUAGUGACUUGACUAUCCCGGGGUUUUUAUGAGAAAACAGAACUGAAAAAAAAAAAUGAUGUUCCUUUGAAGACAAUCACAUUUACUAGCGGUUUGUAUAAGUGAUGACUAUGUCCUCCGUGGUCCGUCCUACAGCCUCCGCCCCCCAAACACCCGCCUCUUGUGUGCAGCUGUGCCUCCCAACCCCCCCGCCCGCCUGGUGCUUCUUUCUCUCUCUCUCUCUGUCUGUCUCACACACACACACUCCGCAUCGUCCCUCUUCCUGUCUCUUAUCUCUCUCCCCACACACACACACACACUCCACAUCGUCCCUCUUCCUGUCUCUUAUCUCUCUCCCCACACACACACACACACUCCGCAUCGUCCCUCUUCCUGUCUCUGCCUCCGCAGCCUCUCCCUCUGACUCACUCUCACACACCCUCAGCCAGGUGACAUCUCCACAAACACACACACAUUCAAAUACACUCAUACAUGCACACAUACACACUCAUUCACUCUCUCUGUCUCAUAAGGUCUGUCUGAUGUCAAUCAGGAUUGCCAUGGGCAUGUAUAAUUAGACAUUAUGGGUUGGUGUGUGUGUGUGGGUGAGUGUGAGCGGCACCAAGGUCUGCAAUGGUAAUCUGGAUGUAGCCAAACUCUUCUCCCCUUUGCCCCUACUGGGGGUAUCCCCCUGCCCUCUGUCCCUCCUGGGGGUAUUCCCCUGCCCUCUGCCCCUCCUGUGGGGUAUCCCCCUGCCCUCUGCCCCUCCUGUGGGGUAUCCCCCUGCCCAAUGCCCCCCCCUGCCCUCUGCCCCUCCAACCUGACCCAAACCUUUCCAGAUCAAGACUGGCCUGUAAAGCAUCUGUAAUCCAGCCAAUCAAUCAUCAUGAUCAGUAUUUGUGCCGUUCGCAAUCAGUUCUGCCCUGCAGACAUGUAGUGUGUGUGAGUGAGAGAGGGAGAGAGUGUGAUAUUAUGCAUGUAAUGUUUGUACACCAUACUGGAGUAAUGAUCGGAGUUGUCCCGUGAUGAGCACAAAGCAAUUUCACAGGGUUCCAAGGUGUGUGUGUGUGUGUGUGUGUGUGUGUGUGUGUGUGUGUGUGUGUGUGUGUGUGUGUGUGUUUGUGUGUUUGUGUUUCAUAUAGUAUGAUUUGGGCAGGUUUGUGCUAAUGGGCCAGAGACAAUCAGAAGGUCUUUGUUGUGUUUGGGUUACUAUGGUGAUCUGGACAGUCAGACUCUAAUCAUGCACAUCUCAAACUGGCAGGGUCAAACACACACACACACACACUCCUGAUCUGUUGUGUCACAGUCAUCCUGGUGGGCAGUGCACUGUGGUUUCCUGACAAUGUGCCCAGAACUAAUCAUGAUACCCAUCUAAGAGUUCCCUUGUGCUGAUGACGUGUUAAUGUGUGUGUGAGACUGAGAGAGUGUGUGUGUGUGUGCAGGUUUUCAGAGACGUUAGUGCCAAAGUGUAGAGCAGGGGUGUCAAACAAGGUCUGGGGGCCAGAUCAGCCCGCCAGCAGGUUUAAUACGCACCCCCAGAUCAGCAGGUUUAAUACGCACCCCCAGAUCAGCAGGUUUAAUACGCACCCCCAGAUCAGCCCGCCAGCAGGUUUAAUACGCACCCCCAGAUCAGCCCGCCAGCAGGUUUCCUGAUGGUUUGUGUAGGAAGGGAAAUUA